AUGGCCCCGAAGGAGAAAUCCACCCCCGGCGCGCCCACUGUGCCCGUCAACAUCGACGAGCUGAGAAAGUCCAAGGAUGCGAUGCUUAUGCGAUUGAUGGACCUGCAGUCCUACGUCGCCGAACUCAGCAAAUCCUACCUCAAGCAUGCCGAAAAUGUCAUCAAUGGCGGGCCCGCCACCAUCGACAUCCCGCCCAUGUUCGCCGGUGUCAGUGGCCUACCGCGCGCCGGCAGCCCCGUCGCCAAGUCGGAAGUCGGCGACGGGAAGCAGAAGCGCAAGCGCGUCGUGGACCCCAAUGCGCCGAAGCGGCCCUUGACCCCGUACUUCCUAUACAUGCAGCACCGACGAGGGGAUAUCACAAAAGAGAUGGGCGAGGGCUCGCGCCCCAAGGAUGUCUCGGAGGAGGGAACCAGACGCUGGCAGAAGAUGUCGGAUGUGGAGAAGGAGAUCUGGAAGAAGCUGUACUUGGAGAACCUGGACAAGUACAAAGCGGAAGUAACGGCGUACAAGGCCACGAAGACCGCGGAAGACGACGAUCCCGCUGCGAACCAGCUGCAGAACGACUUCGCCAGCGCAGAGCACGAGUCCGAGGAGAGUUCCUCUUCCGAGUCUGAAGACGAGUCUUCUUCGGACGAGUCCCCCUCCCCCCAACCCAAGGAGAAGACGCCUCCUAAGAGCUUAACCAAGCGCCGUCGUAGCGAGGCCAAGAAGGAGGUCGAAACCCCGGCGCCAGCGAAGAAGGCGUCGCCGCAGAAGAAGGGCAAGAAGAGCGAGCCGCCCGCGUCGGCGAAGAAGGCGGACAAGCCCGCGGAGAGCAAGCCCAAGCGCAAGAAGCGCAAGAGCGAGGCGGACAAGGAGGCGACCCAAUCGGCCGUCGGAGCAUUAUCGCCCUUAUCGGACCGGCUGGAGAAAAAGAGGACGGACAUCCCCCCACACCACCGGUUUCUUCUUCAUCAUUGUCGUCAAACCAGGACCGCCAUGCAGUUGGUUCCGAAAGAGCUCGACAAGCUCACCAUCGCGCAUCUGGGGUUCCUGGCGCAGCGUCGCUUGGCCCGCGGAGUACGCCUGAACCAUGCUGAAGCCGUGGCUCUGAUCUCCGCCAAUCUCCACGAGCUUAUCCGCGAUGGCAUCUACUCCGUCGCAGACCUCAUGUCAAUCGGCAAAACCAUGCUAGGCCGGCGCCACGUCCUACCUUCCGUCGUAGCCACUCUCGUCGAACUCCAGGUCGAAGGCACCUUUCCCACAGGCACGUACCUCGUCACCGUGCACCACCCGAUCAGCAGCGACGAGGGAGACCUCGAACGCGCGCUGUACAGUUGUUUCCUGCCGAUUCCUCCGCGCGACGCAUUUCCAGACCCAGACCCCAAUGAUUUCCUGCCUGAGAAAAUGCCCGGCGCGAUCAUUCCUGUCAAGAGUGCGAGGGUGGCCCUGAAUGAGGGAAGGAGGAGGAUUCGGCUCAAGGUGAUGAGCAAAGGAGAUCGGCCGAUUCAGGUGGGAUCGCACUAUCACUUUGUCGAGACGAAUCCACAGCUGCAUUUUGAUCGUGUCCAAGCGUACGGGUUCCGUCUGGAUAUUCCCGCAGGCACAUCGGUCCGCUUCGAACCAGGCGACACAAAGACGGUGACUCUCGUUGAGAUUGGCGGGAACCGGGUUAUUCGCGGCGGGAAUUUCCUGGCGAAUGGGCCCGUGGAUCUCAGUCGGACGGAGGAGAUCGUGGAGCGCUUGCAGACGGCUGGGUUUGCGCAUGUGCCGGAGCCGACGGCGGACAGUGCUCUCGUUAGUGGGUUUUCGAUGGAGCGCGAGGCGUACUCGCGCAUGUUUGGUCCGACCACUGGUGACCUGGUGCGACUGGCACUGACGAACUUGUGGGUGCGAAUUGAGAAGGAUCUGACGGUCUAUGGGGACGAGUGCGCCUUUGGUGGUGGCAAGACAUUGCGUGAGGGAAUGGGUCAGGCGUCUGGUAGGUCGGCGGCGGAGUGCUUGGACACUGUCAUCACGAACGCGAUGAUUAUCGACUGGACCGGUAUCUACAAGGCCGACAUUGGAAUCAAGGACGGACUUAUCGCGGGCAUUGGCAAAGCAGGCAACCCGGACGUCAUGGACGGUGUACACCCGGACAUGGUGGUGGGAGCCUCCACGGAUGUGAUGGCUGGCGAGAAUAAGAUCAUCACUGCAGGUGGGAUCGAUACACACAUUCAUUUCAUUUGUCCGCAGCAGGUGGAUGAAGCCUUGGCAUCAGGCAUCACAACCUUCCUGGGCGGUGGCACUGGUCCCACGACUGGAUCGAAUGCGACAACGUGCACACCCGGACCGAACCAUCUGCGCCAGAUGAUGCAGGCGUGCGACAGUCUCCCAAUCAACAUCGGAAUCACGGGCAAAGGGAACGACUGCGGGCGGGUGAGCAUCGAGGAGCAGAUCCUGGCUGGAGCAGCGGGCCUGAAACUGCACGAAGACUGGGGUUCAACGCCAGCAGCGAUUGAUACCUGCCUGGAAGUCUGCGACGAGUACGAUGUCCAGUGCAUGAUCCACACAGACACACUCAAUGAGUCCGGGUUCGUCGAGCAAACCAUCGAAGCCUUCAAGGGCCGCACCAUCCAUACGUACCACACCGAAGGCGCCGGCGGCGGGCAUGCCCCAGAUAUCAUCUCGGUGGUGGAGCACCCUAACGUGCUACCCAGCAGCACGAACCCGACCCGACCAUUCACACUCAACACGCUCGAUGAGCACCUGGACAUGCUGAUGGUAUGCCAUCACCUGUCCAAGAACAUCCCCGAAGACGUCGCCUUCGCCGAAAGCCGCAUCCGCGCCGAGACCAUCGCCGCCGAGGACGUGCUGCACGAUCUCGGCGCCAUCAGCAUGAUGUCCUCGGACUCGCAGGCGAUGGGCCGCUGCGGCGAAGUCAUCCUGCGCAACUGGCACACCGCCCACAAGAACAAGGCGCAGCGCGGACCGUUGGCUGAGGAUGAGGGCACGGGCGCUGACAAUUUCCGGGUCAAGCGCUAUGUGAGCAAGUACACCAUCAACCCUGCUCUGGCGCAGGGCAUGGCGCAUGCUAUUGGGAGCGUGGAGGUAGGCAAGGUCGCGGAUUUGGUCAUCUGGAACCCGAAGACAUUCGGAACGAAGCCGGUGCAAGUCCUGAAGAGUGGCUUCAUCGUCGUGGCUGAGAUGGGUGAUCCCAACGCCUCCAUCCCAACCAUCGAACCAAUGAUCGUGCGGCCCCAAUUCGCAGCUCGUCUCCCGAGCGCUUCAAUCAUGUUCGUCUCCCAGGCCUCCAUCGACGCCGGGGUCGUGCAGUCCUACGGUCUGCGCAAGCGCAUCGAAGCCGUUAAGAAUUGCCGGUCUGUCGGGAAGAAAGAUAUGAAGUUCAACAAUGCCAUGCCGAAGAUGAAGGUUGAUCCGGAGAGUUACACCGUCGAAGCGGACGGCAUGCUCUGUGAUGCUGAGCCUGCGGCCGAGUUACCCCUGACACAGGCGUACUAUAUCUUCUAG